ACUUGUAGCAUUCUGCCACAAUUUAAUUCUUCGUAUUGUUAACCGAGACAAUAAAGGCUUGGUUUGGUCCGCUGUUUCAUUGGGGGUAGAGUCCAGGUUCCCUGAUGAGGAGUGGAAUACUCCGAAACUAGUCUUUCUCACAGACACAUCCCAAUGAGAGAAUAGACCUUUGCAAGCUUAUACUUGUUGUUAAACAAAUGUUUAAAUAACUUUGUUCAAUUAUACUAGUUUGUAAUUGGUCGAAAGAGUGUGAUAGUGAUAUUGGUAGUACCAGCGGUAUAUCCUUGAGAAAACAAUCUUAUAAUUAACCCUAAACAUAAAGCAUAAUGCAACCUGAAGAAAGAAAACUAUAUUUAAGGAUCAUCUUUGAUAUUGUUUUUUUAGCCAUUGUUGGAAUCCCCCUUCUAAUUUUCUUUUUUGCUGCCACCCCUUACAAAAGAGGAUUUUUCUGUGAUGAUGAUUCAAUUCGCUACCCAUAUAAAGACUCUACUAUUUCUAAUGUGACACUGUAUUGUGUGGGUGUUUUAGGUCCUGCUAUUGUAAUGACGGUUGCAGAAGCUGUUAUCUGCAAGAAAUAUAAACUUUCAUACAAACAACCAAAAGUUAUAUGCGGCUUUUCCAUUUCAUGUUUUGUGUGGCAAGUGUAUCGCACUGUGGGUGUUUUUGCAUUUGGAGCCUGUAUUUCACAACUAUCAACAGACAUUGCCAAGUAUAGCAUUGGUCGCCUACGACCACACUUUAUUGAUGUGUGUCAGCCAGACAUGUCUUUAACAGACUGUAACCAUAGCUACAUUACAGAAUAUAGGUGCACAGGAAGUGAUGAAAAUAAGAUUCGCGAAGCUCGAUUAUCUUUCCCCUCAGGUCAUGCUUCCUUCUCAGCUUAUUCAAUGGUUUAUCUGGCAAUAUACAUCCAGUAUAGAUUGAUAUGUGCAAAAAACAGUUUGCUUAAACCAUUUCUGCAGGCAGCUGUGCUCUUGGCUGCUUGGUAUACUGGACUUUCUCGGGUAGUGGACCACAAACACCACUGGAGUGAUGUUUUGUCUGGAUUCCUUCUUGGGAUAAUUGUCUCACUCCUAGUAGUGUUCUUCAUUGCAGACUUGAAGAAGCCUGCAGCAGCAUUUGAUGACAGCAGAACAUUCUUAACCCCAGAUGCAUCUAACACUUAUGGAGGAGAGGUGCAGCUAGAGAGUCAGACUAAUUAGUCUACCUUUUAACUGAGAUGCUGUUAAGUUUUAAGAAAGUAGUGUAAAUGUUGAUUUGACAAGAGUAAUAAUUAUUCUUAAGUCAUAAAACAUUUACUUUUAUUAUUGAAUCUAAACACGAAUGCCUAGUUUAGAAAAAGAAAGGACACAUUUGGUAAACUGUUAUUUUUGUCAAUCUUAUUAAAUCAGUGAGAUUA